AUGGACAACGAAAAUCCGGGACAAGGUGCUCUUGAUACUGCCAUCAAGGACAAAGAAAAUAUUAAAGUUGAGAAGAAUGGCGUCGAAGGGAUGAACAAUACAAAUAAUAUUGGUCUAAUGAACUCAAUGACAGAAAUGCUUCAGACCAACGUAUUAAGUAUUCAAAAUUCUUUUAGCUCAGUUUACACGACACUCGCAGAAAAUCUUAAACAGUCGCUGGAAAUAAUGCAUGUCAUGAAUUCUGCUAUGGAACAGUUGUUGACGUCUAAUUGUCGUAUUGAAACGAACAUCAUACCAAUUCAUAAAAACGAAUCUGCCAAGAGAGAGGAAGGAAAGACUAAAACCAUACCGAGUUUACUCGAAGUCACAGUAUCGAAUGCUAGUCAAUUUCCCAUAGCGAAUGGUUCACUGAAAUUGAUUUUUAUAAACCAGUUUAAUAAAAAGGAAGAAAUUGUGGUAUUAGAGUGCAUCAACUCUUUAAAAAGAAAAAUCAAUGAUAGUAUUGCUGCCUCGGGAAUUUCGGGAUCAACGCGUUCUCGAAAAAUACACGAUAAUAAUAUUAAUCGAGAAGAAGAUGAUGAAACAGUCACUAUGGUUUCUUCAUUAAUAACAGGGGAUAAUGAUAAUGGUGAUGGUUCUAACUUUGUUAUUUCCCCAUUCACAAAAAUAACGGAAACUUUUCGGAUAACACCACCAAAUUUUGCUCCGUAUGAUGUAAGGAUUACUUUAUUUUUUCCAAGUCCUGGCACUCGGAAAUAUUUACAAGUCAAUCAUGUCUUUGGAAUGAAUUUGAUUGAUCAGUGUGAGAAACAUCUUCAUUAUGAUACCUCCACAUCUUCUACUUCAUCCAUAUUACAAACACUUUCAGAUUUGUCAUCAACAACUUCCAUAAAGAUAUCUCCCAAUAUACUUCGCAAAUUAUGGAAUGUACAUCAAAGUGUUGGACUGGAUGAGCGACUAUGUUUUGAACUAAUAGUGAAAUCAAAAUUAAAUGAAAAGGACGAGGACGAAACGGAGGAACAUCCAAUAGAACAUCAAUUAUUAAGAAACUUUGCUACUGAGGCUCCCAGUCGACCUGUUAUAAUAAAACCUCAAGCAAUCUCUCCCUUACCAUCUCGAUUAGAAGCGUGGCUAAGAGAUUUUCAAACUAAUGAGCUAUUAGAUGUUAUUACUUUAGAUCGACAUGUGUUCGGGGUUCCAAUAAGACGAGAUAUUUUACAUAGAGUAGUGGUUUGGCAGCGUGAUAACUGGCGACAAGGAACUCAUUCGACAAAAACUAGAAGCGAAGUGAGCGGAUCAACUAGGAAAGUAGCACCUCAGAAAGGAAGAGGGAAAGCAAGAGUUUCAACUCGGAGAGCGCCUCAAUUUGUGGGAGGGGGUCGAGCACAUGGGCCUCGUCCUAGGUCACAUGCCACAGAUCUACCCCGUCAAGUUCGUGAACUUGGUUUACGUGUAGCACUUUCCAGUAAAUACGCACAAGAUCAAUUAUACAUAGUCAAUAACAUUGAUGUUCCUAAGGCGAAGACCAAAGAAUUGACAGACAUUCUAAAUCGUCGUCUAUGGGAUCCAUUAGCAAUUGAACGAAGAGCCGGUCACUCGAUAAUGUUUGUCGGUGCAAAUAGAACACGGAAUUUUGAGCUUGCUCAACGUAAUUUGCAACGUGUCCAUUAUUCAACAGCGCAAGAAAUUUUGGAGGCUGGUGAUGUCUAUAAUAUUAUCGGACAUGAAGUGCUGGUAUUGGAUCAAGGAGCUUUAAAAGAGUUGGAACUUUUAUUGAACCCAUAUAUACUUUGA